AAACAUAAAUUAACAGUACCGGUUUCCGCGCGGGAGGUAUCUUAAUUCGCCCAACUGUCUUUUCCUAUCUAUUGAUUUUCAUCCCCCGCCCGGCCUUGUUCCCAUCUCAAGAAGACCAUACGAGGGAGCUCGAUCUGUUCAACAAUGGCGUCCCCCACCGAUUCUAACCCUAAACGGACCCCAAUGUACCCCCAAGUCAUCGACCCAAUUCAGGAAACUGCGCUGCCGCCCCACCAUUCCUCGUCUUCGUCCCUCUACCCCACCAUCGACAUGAAAGACCUGGAGAACCUCUUCCCCGAACCCAAUGCAGGAAUUGGUCCUGGUGCCCAACCUUGUUCCCCAUCAGCGCCUCCUCAGUCUGUCGAGGAGGCCCUGAUUACAAUCCAAGGCGCUAUCCUCCACCUCAUCGACAAACACUACUCCGUUGAGCUCGCCACCGGAGAUCUCCGAAUACUCCGUCUUCUCCAGGGGGAUAAUACCGUCGCUGCGCUUGCCGCGGUCGGUGACGAUGUUCAGUGGCCGUUAACCAAAGACAUUACUGCUGUGAAACUGGACUCUUCCCAUUACUUCUUCUCCUUUCAGCCGCCUCGUGAAACCGAGGACUUGGAAACCAGUGGUGAUGAUGGAGUGAAGAAGAAGAAGAAGGGAAAGGGAAAGGGAGAUAAUAAAAAUGAGCAAGAAGGUGAUGAGGUUUUGAGUUAUGGUUUGACGAUAGUGUCUAAGGGGCAGGAAGGGUUGCUGAAGGGGUUGGAUCAGAUUCUGGAAGCUUACAGUAACUUUUCGGUGCAUAAGGUGGAGGAGAAGGAGGUGGUGGCGGUGGCAGGAGCAGCAGCGAGAGAGAUGACAGCCGGGGAGUUGAAGGAGGAGAAGAAGAAGGAGGAGGUGGAGGGGCAGUGUGCAGCGUACUGGACUACGCUGGCACCAAAUGUGGAGGACUACAGUGGGAUAGCUGCAAAGCUGAUCGCAGCGGGUUCGGGCCAACUGGUUAAGGGAAUAUUGUGGUGUGGAGAUGUGACCAUGGAUCGAUUGAAGUGGGGAGAUGAGGUUCUGAAGAAGAGGAUGGCUCCAGGGGAGCAAACUGAAAUUGACCCUAAUACAUUGAAGAGGAUCAAAAGGGUUAAACAGGUGACUAAGAUGACUGAGAAAGUAGCAACUGGGGUGCUUUCAGGAGUUGUAAAGGUCUCAGGAUUCUUUGCUGGUUCUGUUGCAAACUCUACAGUUGGAAAGAAAUUCUUUAGUCUCUUGCCAGGGGAAAUGGUUCUUGCUUCUCUCGAUGGAUUUAGCAAAAUCUGCGAUGCUGUUGAAGUAGCAGGAAAGAAUGUGAUGUCAACCUCUUCCACUGUGACAACUGGACUCGUCUCCCACAGAUAUGGCGAGGAGGCUGCUAAGGCAGCAAGUGAGGGAAUGGAUGCUGCAGGGCAUGCCAUAGGAACUGCAUGGGCAGUAUUUAAGAUCAGGAAGGCAUUCAAUCCAAAAAGUGUAUUAAGUCCCGCUGCCCUGGCCAAAUCAGCUGCAGCUGAAAUAAGAGCAAAAGGGUCCAAGUAAUUUAUGAUGAAUUCUCCAAUUAGGUUUAGAUUGCAAUCAGAUUCAGUGGGUUUGAGAAAGAGAGGAAUCAAUACGUCACUUAGAGAAAUGGCUAUUAAAAUACUUGUUUAUUUUUAUAUAUUACUGUCAUUAUUUCUAAUCUCUUCAUCAUCAGCCUCUCUUCAGUGACACCAAUUGGUUGUAUCCACUGGUCGUGUAUUGGAGGAACUGCAGCCAGAAACUGUCCUGGCUCACCUAAUCGUGUCAAUUACCUUAUUUCAUGAAGGACUAACAGGUGUACUGUUUUUUUUUCUUUGGAUAAGUGUUGCGUACUGUUUGAUAUAUGCUACUGUUUAAAUUCUCUAGUGUAAAUAUCCUGCUUCUAACCCCACCUUAGAGCAGAGAUCACUGUACUUAUCAUGAAGGAUGACGAAAGUAUAAUUAGUGGAGUUUAUCAACCGCUGAUAUUGCUUA